UGCAUUCCUUUGCCCGCACCAACCAACCAUGUCAGCACAAGAUUCCGUCACGCAGGUCAACGAGAUGUUUGACACCGUCCUUAUUCUGGAUUUCGGUAGUCAAUACUCUCAUUUGAUUACUCGCCGCGUUCGUGAACUUGGUGUCUAUUGUGAGCUCUUGCCUUGCACUCAAAAAAUGGCCGACCUUCACUUCAAGCCUAAGGGUAUCAUUCUUUCUGGAUCCCCUUACUCUGUUUACGACCAUGAUGCUCCUAGAGUUGAUCCUGCUGUUUUCGAUGCUGAUGUCCCAGUCUUGGGUAUCUGCUAUGGCUUGCAAGAAAUGACAAACCAUAUGGGCGGAAGCGUCAUCCCCUGCGAUCACCGUGAAUACGGUCACGCUAUGCUCACUGUUCACAAGCAUCCCAACAAUGCUUCCAUGGACAAGCUCUUCGCUGGUCUUGAAGGCGAAGUUCAGGUCUGGAUGAGUCACGGUGAUCAAGUUAGCAAGGCUGCAGAAGGUUUCCAAGUUAUUGCCAACACCCGCACCGCUCCUUUUGCUGCUGUUGCUCACGAAUCCAAGCCCUUUUAUGGUAUCCAAUUCCACCCUGAAGUCACUCACACCGUCUGUGGUCAAGCUCUUCUCAAGAACUUUGUCCUUGACAUUUGUGCCUGCAAGGCUGACUGGACUAUGGAAUCCUUCAUUGAUAAGGAAAUCGAGCGUAUCAGAAAGAUCGUUGGUCCCACUGGUCGCGUUGUCGGAGCUGUCUCUGGUGGCGUCGAUUCCACUGUUGCUGCCAAGUUGAUGCACGAAGCCAUUGGUGACCGUUUCCACGCCAUCUUGGUUGACAACGGCGUCAUGCGUCUGAACGAAUGUCAACUUGUCAAGAAAAUGCUUGGUGACCAUAUGGGUAUUAACAUCAAGGUCAGCGACGCCGCUGACUUGUUCUUGGGCAAACUCAAGGGUAUCACUGAUCCCGAAACCAAGCGCAAGAUCAUUGGAAACACCUUCAUUGAGGUUUUCGAGGCUGAGGCUGCUUUGAUUGACAAGGAAUGCGGUGGCGAAAUUGAAUUCUUGUUGCAAGGAACUUUGUACCCUGAUGUUAUUGAAAGUAUCAGCUUCAAGGGACCCAGUGCUACCAUCAAGACUCAUCACAACGUCGGUGGUCUUCUCGAGGACAUGAAGCUCAAGUUGAUUGAACCUUUGAGAGAAUUGUUCAAGGAUGAAGUUCGCGCUCUUGGUAAGCUUUUGGGUUUGGAUGACGAAUUGGUCUGGCGUCACCCCUUCCCUGGUCCCGGUAUUGCUAUUCGUAUUCUCGGUGAAGUUACUCCGGAACAAGUGGCCAUUGCCCGUCAUGCCGAUCACAUCUAUAUUGAGGAGAUCAAGGCAAAUGGCUACUAUCGCCAAAUUUCUCAAGCAUAUGCUGCUCUUUUGCCUGUCAAGGCUGUCGGUGUCAUGGGUGACAAGCGUACGUACGAGCAAGUCAUUGCUCUUCGUGCCGUUGAAACCAAGGAUUUCAUGACUGCUGAUAUUUUUGCCAGCGCUGAAUGGUUCCAAUGCUUGAAGCGAAUCAGUUCGCGUAUUAUCAACGAAGUCAAGGGAGUUAACAGAGUUGUGUAUGAUAUUAGCUCCAAACCUCCUGCUACCAUUGAAUGGGAGUAGGUUUAUUAAAUUACUCUAUAGAAGUUCUUUUUACAAUUCCAUUACAUUUUUUUUUUCCAAUGCUAUGCUUUACAACGUGCCCACUUACUGACUUUGGAGCCAAUGUGCGUGAGCUCCUAUUUUUGUGAAAGCGCUGAAUUUGGGCUUGUGGUAAUGG